AUGCAUACAUCGAUUUUAAUUUCCAUUCUCUGUAUAAUUUCUGGAAGUCACGGGUACAUUCUCCCCGUUAAUGAUUUCUACUUUCGAAACCCACGCAUCGUCGGCGGUGAAAAUGCUCCCGAAGGCGGAAUACCGUAUCAGGCAUCGCUGAGAAGCAUGUUGAACUCGCACUUUUGUGGUGGAUCUAUUUUGAGCAGUAGAUGGAUUCUUACUGCCGCUCACUGUACUGUCGGGAAAACAAACCGUACGAUGAUUGUGGUUGUAGGUACUAACAGCCUCCUCGCUGGGGGCGAUGAGUAUUCUGUUGUGGAUAUUAAAAUUCAUGAACAGUACAAUGGAAACUUUAUCUCCAAUGACGUCAGCUUGGUCAAAGUUUCUGCGGAUAUACAAUUCAGUGACCGUGUACAACCCAUCCAGUUGCCCAACGCCAAUACGGAGUCAGGGGCCGACCUUUUGCUGAGUGGUUGGGGGAGACUUUCGUAUCCAGGAGUCUUACCAGUUCAGUUGCAGAUGAUCAAUUUGGUGUCUUUAAGCGUAGAGGAUUGUCAAAAUAUAUACCAAGGCAUUAACCCCGUCUACGAAACACAAAUUUGCUCACUUACUAAAAAAGGCGAAGGCGCUUGCCAUGGAGACUCAGGAGGCCCUCUUGUCGAAGAUGGCAAAGUAGUUGGGAUCGUUUCCUGGGGCAUGCCAUGUGCUAGAGGAUACCCAGAUGUCUAUACUCGAGUCUACUCCUUUAUAAACUGGAUUGAAGACAAGAUGUCUGAAGAGGCUACGUCGUAUGACAUGACAAAAUUAAAAAUAAUUAAUUAA